UUUCUGUUUGGCAAAAAGCGGCCAGCGCUGUAUGCAAUCAACCCAAAGAAGCCAAGAGUCAGAGCAAAAAGCAAGCCAAUGAGCAGCCCAGCGAAAGUAGAGAAAGCGCACACAAGCCAUGUCGAAGUCCGCUAUGUUGGAAGCCGAACAUGGACCUGCGAUUCCCUGCGAUGCUCUGCGAUACCCUGCGAUGCUCUGCGAUACCCUGCGAUGCUCUGCGAUACCCUGCGAUGCUCUGCGUGCAUUACCUGUAUUCCUGUCCGGACGCGCGACCGGUAUGCAGUCAGAGUCAGCAAGCGCUCAGAGGAGCAUGCAGUGAAGCACUUGCUCGGCAUCGAUACCAGCGCAAAAGUCGAAAGCCAAGCAUGAACAUCCUGAGC